CCGGAAGUCGGGCCGCUCUCGCGAGGCCCGGGGCAGCGGUGGCCAGAGGCCCUUGCAGUGAGUGUGGAGGUCGUUGGAGUCACUCGGUAGCCGCCAGCUCCUCGGCCUGCCGGUCCGCGCCCCGCCCGCUCCAGCCAUGCUCUCCGCCCUCGCCCGGCCCGCCGGCGCCGCUCUCCGCCGCACCUUCAGCACCUCGACCCAGAACAAUGCCAAAGUUGCCGUGCUGGGGGCUUCUGGAGGGAUCGGGCAGCCCCUCUCGCUCCUCCUGAAGAAUAGCCCCCUGGUGAGCCGCCUGACCCUCUACGACAUCGCCCACACGCCUGGAGUGGCCGCAGACCUGAGCCACAUCGAGACCAGGGCGAAUGUGAAAGGCUACCUUGGACCUGAGCAGCUGCCAGACUGCCUGAAAGGCUGCGAUGUGGUGGUCGUUCCAGCCGGUGUCCCAAGAAAACCAGGCAUGACUCGGGAUGACCUGUUCAACACCAACGCCACCAUCGUGGCCACCCUGGCGGCCGCCUGCGCCCAACACUGCCCCGAGGCCAUGAUCUGCAUCAUCGCCAACCCGGUUAACUCCACCAUCCCCAUCACGGCAGAAGUUUUUAAGAAGCACGGUGUCUACAACCCCAGUAAGAUCUUCGGGGUGACGACCCUGGACAUCGUCAGAGCCAACACUUUUGUGGCAGAGCUGAAGGGUUUGGAUCCAGCCCGAGUCAACGUCCCAGUCAUUGGCGGCCACGCGGGGAAGACCAUCAUCCCGCUCAUCUCUCAGUGUACCCCCAAAGUGGACCUUCCCCAGGAUAAGCUGACAGCCCUCACAGGCCGGAUCCAGGAAGCUGGCACCGAGGUGGUCCAGGCUAAGGCUGGAGCAGGCUCUGCCACCCUGUCCAUGGCCUACGCCGGAGCCCGCUUCGUCUUCUCCCUGGUGGAUGCAAUGAAUGGGAAGGAAGGUGUCGUGGAGUGUUCCUUUGUGAAGUCCCAGGAGACUGACUGUACCUACUUCUCCACACCACUGCUGCUGGGGAGGAAAGGCCUGGAGAAGAACCUGGGCAUCGGCAAAGUCACCCCUUUUGAGGAGAAGAUGAUCUCUGAGGCCAUCCCCGAGCUGAAGGCAUCCAUCAAGAAGGGCGAGGAGUUCGUGAAGAACAUGAAGUGAGGCGGAGGUGGCCAGCCCCUAACUUAUUGCAGCAUCAUGUCCCUGUUCAGCCGUCGCCCGUCCCCACGUGUCCCUGCUCUGAUAACUGUCACAUUCAUGUUCCACACGGGGUGGGGGUCAGGCUACUGCUGUAUCAAUAAAGAGUCUUUGGGUUUUCUUUU